AGAUUGUUUUUUCUUUUCCAAGCGGUAGCGUUUUUUUUUUUAUUUUUCUUCCUCUGAACCCUUCGUACUCUUCCCGAGAGCCCUAGCGGACGCCGUUCCCGAGUCCUAGCAGACGCCCGCCUCUUCGCCGCUUCCUCCCACGGGUCUCCUUCGUCGCCUUCCUCUCCACAGAUCUCCGAAAAAGAAAGACGCCGACUUCCUCCCUGCUCUCCUCGCCGCCACCUUCCACCGGUCUCCGCCAUCGCCUUCCUCCCCAUCGUCACCGUCGUCGGCCUUCCCCUCCGAUUUUCCUCAGCCGGGUUUUCCUUGCAGUUCUUUUACUUCCGUGAUCUGAUUCAAGUCUUGGGCCGAUGGCUACAGAAGCGAAGAAGAAAGUGGUGCCGAGAGUGGUGAAGCUAGACAAGGCGCUGAAAUUAGCUGAAGCUUGGGUAAAUAAUAUGAGUGUGUCGGCAACAGGUGAACCUAUUGAACGGGAAUUUGAAGGUCGACCUUCAAGGUUGGGUUUGGGAGCCAAAGUCACACCACGUGCAACUGUGGUGGCUUCAACUGAUCCUGUGGAAAGAAAAUUGCUUGGAAAGUUAAAUGCUAAAAAGGAACAAGCUUCCAAAAAUCUAGAAAUUGAAGAAAGUAGACAUAAUGAAGAGGACACUGAUGAGCCUGAAAGCAGAACAAAUGCUUUUGCCAAGAAGAGGACAAUGCCUCAAACCUUGUCUUUACAUUCAACAAAGAAGAGUAAAUGAAAUGUUGAUUUCUUCAGGUUACAUUCUCUUCAUCCGAGGGGAGGCAUAUAUCUUCAACAGACAUGCUUUUCACAGUAAUAUUGUUGAAAAUUACCAACAUGACUGAAGAAGAGGCCACUGAGAUUCUGAUGUGCAGAAGAAUCUCUAAGUGUUUUCAAUGAUAUGCCAAACUCGAUGUUAGACUUGCAGAAUGAGGGCUGCAAGCUUUUAAGACUGAGGAUCAUGUAUAUGCUAUUUUAUUUGUGGUGUUUAUUACAAAGGUGUAGGACUUAAUGGCUGAUUGGCCAAAGUAGAUCCAGCCUGUAAACUCAUAACAAGUGUUAGGAAGGAAUGCUGUUUUCAAUUUUAAAUCAAGCAUUCUUCCUAGUGCGGUGCAUUGUGAGUACCGUAGAGGAUCCCCGUGCUUCUUUCUAAUAUAAGUCAGCAGUUACACACACA